GUACGAGAUUAGCGAUGAUCCGAAAAGGAAGGAAUUUCUAGACGAUCUCUUUAAUUUCAUGCAGAAACGCGGUAAGUCUCAGCAAGGAACUCCUAUCAAUCGACUGCCGAUCAUGGCGAAAUCGGUGUUGGAUCUGUACGAGCUGUACAAUUUGGUGAUCGCCCGUGGCGGACUAGUGGACGUGAUCAACAAGAAACUCUGGCAGGAAAUCAUCAAAGGCCUCCACCUGCCGUCAAGCAUCACUUCCGCCGCGUUCACUCUGCGCACUCAGUACAUGAAAUACCUGUACCCGUACGAGUGUGAGAAUAGGCGGCUGUCGACGCCGGCGGAGUUGCAGGCGGCGAUCGAUGGGAAUCGUCGCGAGGGACGCCGCAGUAGCUACGGUACAUACGCGUCGACCAGUAGUGCUGCACCGGAAAGAGGUGCUCACCAGCCCAACUCGCUCGCGUUACACGGUCAAAUGGCGCCGUUAUCGCUGGUAACGGCGGUAGCGACCAGUAGCCAGCAGCAUCACGUGCCGCAACCGUUGGUGAACGGAAGCGGCGUGCAUACACCAUCGCAUCAUCCGCAACAUCUUCAGGGAUUACCUGGACCGCCGACCAACGCAGGACCUAUUCCUGGAAUGGCGCCAUCCGAGUUCGAGGCACGCAUGGUCGAGUAUGUGAAGCUGUUGAACAAGGAGCUGAGGUGCGUCACUGGUACACCGCCGCCGAUGAUCCAUCGACAGGACAGCACGUCGCCUCCUCUUUCGUCAUCGCCGAGGGAUGUAGCAGGAUUCAGUACUUUCGACGUAACGCGAUUGUGGAACAUGUGUAAUAACAAUACUAUGUAUCCAGGGCAUCAGCCGCCACCCUCGCCGAUACCAGCGAUAUCCACCCCUGAACCACAAAGAGAAGCACUCGAUCUUGGACUCAGAUCGUCGCCCGCAGACUCACCGCUAAGAUUAACCUCACCUUCGCCGAGCAACGCGCCAGUGAAGAGAGAUCAGGAUACCCAGGGUGGGUCCACAUCUGCAAAAAGACCAGUUGCCGAUGAUGACAGUUCCAACGAGAGGACCAUCAUGGCUGGCACGCACAUAAGAAUUUCAAAUCGAGGAGACGGAAGAAACGGUGAUAAUUCCUUAGUAGUCAGUAUGGAGCUGAACGGAAUAAUGUAUCAAGGUGUCCUGUUUGCGCAACAUGAGACUAAAACCGCGACAUGCAGCAACAGCAGCAAUUCGAAACCAUCACGAAGCGUAAUUUCGUGAAUGCGAAAUGAUCAAUGGAGCAGCCUACAAUAUCUAUCGACACACAGGAUUCAUUUAUAGAAAUAAGUGAUAAAUAUAAUUACCAUAAAGAACGAAUGAAGCUGUUUGCCAUAAUGUUAGUCAUCGAUCGAUCGAAGUGUCUUGAUAAUAGUAAAAGUCGGAAAAAGUUCGAAUUUCAAUGUAGUUUGACGCGUUUGAUCAAGAUCUCUUAUGCGAACAUUUGUUACGUCGUAUGUAUCCUUUUAUUAAGUUUAUUUCUUCGAGUCAAAACAUUUUUUUGGAAAAAAACUCUGAAACCUAUUGUGAUAUUAGAUGCGCGUAUCUAAAAGAUCGUCAGAUUUGUUUUAUUUCUUGUUAACGUUAUAUGAAAUUUUUCUGGUCACUUUUCUUUUAUAUUUUUUUGGUUAAUUGGCGAGCUUAGAAUAAUGUUUAGUUUUUUUUUUAACAACGACAACUGCUCAUUUAAUAACGUUUUGUUAUCAGAAUGAUAGAAAUUGUAUAAAUAUACAAGGUGUUUCCGAAAUACAAUCAGCUAGAAGGUGAUAAAUUGGGAAAAAAGGCAAAUUUUGUUUUAUUUAAGAGUUUCUUUAUUUUUCAUUUCCGAAUUUAAAAUUUACUAGUUCUAGAGUACUUGAAUUUUACUAGCUGUGACAAAGAAGAAUAAAUAUCUUAUAUAAGAAAAUAUCUUAUAAACAAAAUCAAGUAUCUCAAAAACAAGUAGAACAAGGAAAAUUUCAAACUCGAUUUUCGCGAAAAAGGAAAAAAAAAUUUUCCUUGACAUUUUCGCAUAAAAAAUAAUC